UAAUUACAGUCUUUCCCUCUUGCUCAAAGGUGGCUGGGUAUUAUCAUCAGAGCUGUAAUUAUUCAUGCUAAUUGCUUAUUUGGAGAGGGAGAGGGAACGCGAGAGAGAAGCCCCAGACUCCACACUGGUGAUGAGCAGAACGGACCAGGGGCACUGCCCUACAGCCGGAGCCAGGUAGUGCUGAGGGCUGGAGGCAGAUCCUGGGCUGGAAGGAGGUCCCUGGCUGGAAGGAGAUCCUCAGCGGGAAGGAGAUCCUCGGCUGGAAGGAGGUCAGCGAUGCCCGAGAGGUUGUGAACGAGCGGCGGAGCGGACCUGGCUUUUGUGAUGCUGCCACCUCCGCUGGGACUGAGAAAAAAGAGCAUGCACUUCUUGCAGACCUUCCUCCGGUGGAGGGCACUCCGAGAUGAUGGCCCUUACUCGAAGGGGAGCAAGGACUCCGGUGGGAUGGAUGCAGCCCUGGUCUCCAGGAGGCAAAGCAUCCCAGAAGAGUUCAGAGGGGUCACCAUCGUGGAGCUGAUCAAGAAGGAAGGAAGCACCCUUGGGUUAACCAUUUCGGGUGGCACGGACAAAGAUGGAAAGCCAAGGGUCUCCAAUCUGAGGCCGGGAGGACUGGCAGCAAGAAGUGACCAGCUGAACGUCGGGGAUUACAUCAAGUCGGUGAACGGCAUUAACCUGACCAAGCUGCGGCACGACGAGAUCAUCAGCCUGCUGAAAAACGUGGGCGAAAGGGUAGUGCUAGAAGUAGAGUAUGAGCUGCCGCCAGCCGUGCCGGAGAGCAGUGCUGGCAUUAUUCCCAAGACCAUCGAGGUGUCCCUCUACAAGGAAGGCAACAGCUUUGGCUUUGUGCUAAGAGGGGGAGCCCAUGAAGACUGGCACAAGUCCAGACCGCUGGUGCUCACUUAUGUGAGGCCAGGUGGCCCAGCAGACAGGGAAGGGUCCUUGAAAAUUGGGGACAGGCUGCUGAGCGUUGAUGGGAUUCCUCUGCACAGCAUGACCCAUGCUGAUGCUCUCAAUAUCCUGCGGCAGUGCAGCCAGGAGGCACUCUUCCAGAUAGAGUAUGAUGUGACCAUCAUGGAUACAGUAGCAAAUGCUUCGGGUCCUCUACUGGUUGAAAUAGCAAAGACUCCAGGAUCUACUCUAGGAAUCACACUGACGACAACCACGCAUCGGAACAAGCAGGUCAUUGUCAUUGAUAAGAUCAAGCCGGCCAGUGUGGUGGACAGAUGUGGCGCGUUGCAUGUUGGUGACCAUAUUCUCUCCAUUGAUGGCACGAGCACAGAGCACUGCUCCUUAUUAGAGGCAACUCAGCUUUUAGCUGCCACUUCAGAAAAUGUCAAGUUGGAGAUACUACCUGUUCACCAAAGCAGGCUGCCUUUGAAGCCUCCAGAAACAGUCAAGGUGCAGAAGAGCGACCACCACCACUGCUGGGACCCCUGCGUCAACUACUGUCACACCCACCACCCCGGGCACUGCAAGACGCCCACCUGGAACCAGACGUCUGGACAGGAUUACUGCAAAUCUCUGGUGACUGCCAACUUCUCGUCUCCCACCAUGAAUGCGCAGGGCUUCCCCUGCCAGAACUCCAACACGCUACCUCGCAGCUCCCACCCCAUGAGCCCCCGCACCACCAUGCUGAGGAGGAGGCAGAAGAAGAAGGAGCACAAGAGCUCACUGUCGCUGGCCUCCAGCACGGUGGGUCCUGGUGGGCAGAUAGUCCACACGGAGACGACGGAGGUGGUGCUCAGGGGAGACCCUUUGAAUGGCUUCGGACUUCAGCUCCAGGGAGGCAUCUUUGCUACCGAAACCCUGUCCUCCCCACCUCUCGUCCGUUUUAUUGAGCCUGACAGCCCGGCAGAGAGGUGUGGGCUGCUGCAAGUAGGAGACCGAGUCCUUUCUAUCAACGGCAUUGCGACUGAGGAUGGGACUAUGGAGGAAGCUAAUCAGCUUUUGCGGGAUGCUGCGCUCACGAACAAAGUGGUGCUGGAAAUUGAAUUUGAUGUUGCAGAGUCUGUCAUACCCAGCAGCGGCACUUUCCACGUUAAAUUGCCCAAGAAAAGAGGUGUGGAGCUUGGAAUUACAAUCAGCUCUGCGAGCAGAAAGCCUGGGGAGCCUUUGAUCAUCUCUGACAUCAAGAAGGGGAGUGUAGCGCAUAGAACUGGCACCUUGGAGCCGGGAGACAAGCUGUUAGCCAUUGAUAACAUCCGACUCGACAAUUGCUCAAUGGAGGAUGCUGUGCAGAUUUUGAGGCAAUGUGAAGACCUGGUCAAAUUGAAGAUUAGAAAGGAUGAAGAUAACUCUGAUGAACAGGAGACAACCGGUGCUAUUAUCUACACAGUGGAACUGAAGCGAUACGGCGGGCCCUUGGGAAUAACCAUCUCUGGGACAGAGGAACCUUUCGAUCCCAUCGUCAUUUCAGGCUUGACAAAAAGAGGGCUGGCAGAAAGAACUGGAGCCAUCCAUGUCGGUGACCGAAUAUUAGCAAUUAAUAACGUGAGCCUCAAGGGCAAACCACUGAGCGAAGCCAUCCACCUGCUGCAGAUGGCGGGGGAGACAGUAACUCUGAAGAUCAAGAAACAGAUGGAAAAACCCUAUCCCAAGAAGUCUGGGAGUAUAAAUGAAGUGAGUGACCCUGAAGAUGAACUGACAGACUCCCAGAAAACUAGCAAGCUCUCUGAGAUAUACUCAACCACAAUUCCUAGCGUGGACAGUGCUAUGGAGUCCUGGGAUGGCUCUGGCAUUGAUGCUGGGUAUGGAAGCCAAGGUACGUACAUACCUCAGGCUGCGGGCAUUGCCCUUCAUCCACAUGAAUGGAGACACAGCAGGCAAAAGAGCAGCACCCCUCCUGGGGACCCCAGGAAAAACUACCCCUACAUGGAUGGAAGCUUCAGUGAAGACGACUGGGACAAGCCCAGCAGAUACCCCAACCGCCAAAAUGGCCUUGAGACCACUCACGAGGAUAGUUUUUGGCGUGUUUUUGGAGAAGCUUUGGAGGAUUUGGAAACAUGCGGCCAGUCUGAACUUUUGAGGGAGAUUGAGGCGUCCAUCAUGACGGGGAGCGUACACAACCUGGGCCUGGAGGGCAGCAAGCUGCUCCUGGACUCUGUCAACCCAUCGGGACUGAGCCCAUUGAGGAAAGCCAACACCGGUGAUGACGGACAGACCGAGGGCAGCAGCUCCCCUGCCAAGAAGAACGAGAGGAACCUGGACAUGAAGAAGAUGGAGAAGGAGAUGCAGGAAAUCAUGUCCCCUACCCCCCUCGAGUUUCACAAGAUGACACUCCACAAAGACGCAGAGAGCGAAGACUUUGGAUUCAGUGUGUCGGACGGCCUGUUAGAAAAAGGUGUCUAUGUAAAUAUGGUCCGUCCGGAUGGGCCAGCAGAUCAGUGUGGCCUCAAGCCAUAUGACAGAGUGCUUCAGGUAAACCGCAUCCGAACGAGAGACUUUGACUGCUGUCUGGCCGUCCCCCUGAUCUCAGAGGCUGGAGACAAGCUGGACCUGGUGAUCAGCCGAAACCCCUUGGCGCUGGCUGCCAACGCUCCCCUGGAGGGGAACGGAGAGCUGCCGGCACAGGCAGCCCGUGGUGCCGAGCUCAAGGCGAGCGUCCAAACACUCUGAGCGGCCAGCGCCGGGGGCCUCUGCCAAGCCGUUGUGGUAUUUGGGGUGUUUUUCCUGUUUUUUGCACUGGUAUUUGUAAACGCUGUGUGUACCAUAACCUGCAAGUGGGGAGGUGGGUCUUCGGUGAGCUGUCGCCUGUAGACCGCCAAAAAUUGGGGAAGGCUGGAUCUGGACGUGCAUCUCGGGCCGUGGGCAGCGCAUGCGAUGGGACGAGCUGCUGGUGGGAGGAAGGAACAUCCCUCGCCCCCCCGCGGCUGGGCAUCCCCUGUGCCCAGGCUGUCGCCCUGAAGGCCUUGGCCAUCCUACAAACACACAUGGUGCUAUUAUUUUUCUUGUUUGUUCUGUUAAUCGCAUACAGCAAGACUGAAACGCCUUUUUUCUGUUGUACCCAGCUCCACCCUUUAAACACUCCUGAUAAAUCGAUUUCCGCAGCCCCUUUCACUCCACAGCAGGGCUGUGGAGGGCCCUGUUUAAAAGACAUUUCAAAAUGCGCUUGAUGGUGGCUGGGUAUGGUUCUUGUUCAAAAAUCAGGAUUUGCAGCUGCCUCCUGCCAGCCCCUUCCACCCUCUCCCACCAGGGCUGGCUCACCACACCACCCGCUGCCCUGCGAUGAGGCAACUCCUCUCACCAUCGCUUCCCAUGAGCCAUGCAGUUACCUGUGCUGCAGUAGUUAUACAGAGCACAGUGCUGUGCCCAAGGCUGGAGGUCCUGAAUACCUACCCACAACCCUGGCCACCUUGUUCAGAUGGGUGUUACAGAGAUCUGUUGCUUGCAAACUGUGCCGCCAAGUAAAUAGCAGAAAAGCAAUCAUCCCAGGGCUGCCCCCCGAUGUUUUGAAUUAAUAAAACCUUGUUGUCUUUUGCCAGGCAGUGGCAUGAGAAGCUCUUUGUUAGAUGGAGAUUGUGCAUCCGUGUCCCCACCUGCGCUGGCAGUGUGUGUGCCCAUGUGGGUUCGGCUGCUUGCCCUUGGUCUGCUCCCUUUGCCUGUCGCUGGCUUCUCCGUGGCUUCACAAGCAUGGUGCCCCCCGGGUUGUCCCUCCCUCCUGAGCGCCCCCAGCCCAUGGGAGGAGACAGCUGAGAUAUUUGCAUCGGCUUCCUCAUCUGCCUGCCAGGACGGAGUCAAAAUGCGGCCGUGGGCUCUUCUUCCUCCUCUCCCGGCCCCACGAGUUCCUCCUGUGGCAGAUGCUCUGUGUUUCAUGUACUAGCACUUUAUGAUGAUGUUAAUGUCCCGGCACGGGUGUGAUCCUGGCAUCACACUCCCUGGGAAGGCUCAGGCAUGGCAGAUGAGGAGCUCGCGUGGUUGGGGACCCACAGCCCCAGUGACCACUGCCCCCUUCCCUGCUCACACUUUUUGUUCCUUCAUCACCACCUUCAUGCUGGUGCUGUGUUCGGGGUGCCGUAGGGGUGUACGCAGCAUGUUUUUUGUUUUGCUGAGCCAGGACUCACCCCCGCAUCCAUCCCCACUCCGUCCCUGCGCAAUAGCCCGACGUAUGGGGUGUUUCUUUGAGAUGUGUCCAGCCCCAUCCAGCUACUUGUCGUUGUAGCCAUUUUCUCUUCAAGUAUGCAAUAUCCCAUACCAUUGCUGCCACAACUAGAUAAUGUGCCAUAAUUGAUACUGUGGAGCAUUGACAGUGCAGCCGAAAGUGUUUUUAUAUGCAAUAUCUGAACAGUGGAAGCUCGCUGAGGCUUCUCAUAGGUUUUUAAUGAAGACUUUUAUUAAAGGCUUUAAAAAAGGAAGAAAAACUUGGUCCUUGUAUCCCUUCCUAUGCUUUUGAAUGAUAUGAAGAUGAAAUGCAUUACUUAAAUGUGUAUUUUUAUCCAUAUAUUAGAGUGUAUUCCUUGUAAAGUAUUUUUAUAUGCUAAUUUUCUUAUGUAUCUAUGAAAGCACAAUAUUUAAAAGUACAGCAUUUCAAAGAAUAUUUUAGUCCUGUUUUGGACCUAUUUGUAAAUCUCUGUAUUUAAAUGGGAUUGCAAUGACUUUGACUUUUUUUUUUUUUUUUAAUUAAAUAAAAGCAAAUGA